UCUACCAACAUUGAUGUCUUUCUUGUUGUCGCGGUUGAUUAUGUUUCAUCUCCAUUUUUCCGUCUCAAUUGCCUCAAUUUUAGGAGAAUGGAAAGUUUAUUCAAUCUUACCUUGCACUUGACUUCAAUUGCAUUCACCGUUAAUUUGACAGGGGCUUAACACAAUGGUUGGUAGGUGAGCAUGGAACUCAGCUAUCUGGAGGGCAAAAGAAAAGACUUGCAAUUGCUAGGGCCAUUUUAAAGAACCCAAAAAUCCUUCUUCUAAAUGAAGCAACAAGUGCACUGGAUACUAAAUUUAAACGCAUUGUCCAACAUGCACUGAAUAGAGUUAUAACAAAUCGGACUACUGUGAUAGUUGCACAUCGAUUGACAACUAUCAGAAAUGCUGAUAUGAUGGUUGUGGCGCAUCAGGGAAUGUUGGUGGAGAAAGGAACUCAUGAGCAGUUGAUAAAAGAUCCAGAGGGGGGUUACUUGCAGCUGGUUCGCCUGCAAGAAGGAGCUAAAGAAUCUGAAGAUGAUAGAGGUAGUACUGGAAAUGAGACUGAUACAAUUUUUGGUGUACCUGAUAAAUCCAUGACAAGGUCUGGAAGCUCUAGGAGGAUAUCACCAAGUAUAGGUUCAUCAGGUAGCCGACACUCCUAUAGUUUCAAAAGUGCAUACGAGACCAAAGAGGAAGACUAGGAGAAAGGUGAAAAAGUCCAAUGGAUGGUGAGAAUAAACAGAAUGUUUCCAUCAUGAGAUUGGCCAGCAUGAACAAACCUGAGGCUCCACAUUUGUUGAUUGGGUCAGUGGCUGCAUCAAUGCAUGUCUUAGUCUCUCAGAUGAAGAGGACGCGUCUUCCUCUCAGACAAAGACAGAGACCAUCUGUCUUUGUCUGAGUUUCAUCUUCGUUUCCAGUCGAAGACAGCCAAAAAGGCAAGGGAGAGAGACUGGAGGAGAGUUAAAAGGGGGAGAGAGGAUGGCCAACGGCCAGAGAAAAAGAAAUCGACAUCGAAGGAAGAGAAACAAACCCUAAGAGGGUUUUGAUCACUUUUCAAACUUUG